ACGGUUCAAUCAUUAAGCCCGUGGCGGUAACGUUCGAUUCGGUUCGGUUCGAUAUUCCUUUCGGAAUUAGAAGAGAAGGAGCCUCGAAAAGAAUCAUAAGAGAAUGAAAUUGAUUAACGAUUUCCGAUCAAGUUCUAUCGGAUGACUAGCCACGUCGACGAAUCGAAUUAAUAACGAAUCGAUUGGCAAAGCUGGCGAGUGUUUUGAAGUCUCGACGCCAUAGUAACGAAAGGGGUGGAAAGACGUGAGGCAAGGGAGGCGGUACCGAGCCACUAUGCAAUUCUCUUUAACUGCUAAAAUCGCGUCGACAGUGUAACGGCAAUGUCUCUGUUCAACACGAAAGAAUGGUGGCGAACGAGAUGCGGAGCGGAGGAAACUUUCGACAGGCACAGUCUGCUAGCGACACCGUUGUUUGGAGAGGAUAAAAAGGAUAUAUUGGUGGUAGGAAGCCACGAUGGUUAUCUGAGAAUGUACUGUCCCUCCUCGCAAUGGGUGGACGAAACGAAAUCGCCGUCCAACUACAAAUCCACGGAUCAGAUGAUCGAGACCCGAGUCGGAGAUUGCAUCGUGGACAUGAAAACGGGGAAAUUUGUCUCGGGCUCUCAGGACCUUCGUCUGGCGAUAUUGACGUCCUCGAAGCUGCUCGUUUACAACGCGAUUUUAACCGAGGAAUCCACGGAAUACGGUGACCGUUGCGAGUUGAAGAUCGCGUACGAGCACUCGUUGCCAAGAUUUCCGGCAUCUUUGACGGUGGGUCCGUUCGGCGGUGUUCGUGGCAGGGACUUUCUCUGCGUUCAGUGCUUGGACGGCACGCUUCUAUUCUACGAGCAGGAGGUGUUCGCGUUCGGGCAAGUUCUCAGGAAUCGGUUGCUACCUGAGCCGAUCGUCUACGUGUCGCGAUACGACCUGUUCGCGGUAGCCAGCUCUUCUUGGUUCCUCGAAUGUUACAGGUAUCAGAGCAUGGCGGAAUCGAGGAAGGAAGGCGCUGAACGUGCGAGAGAAACGGGAGAGUCGCAUCGCGGCUUCGACGUAGGCAACCUGGAGCCGGAUUGGAGUUUCAACGUCGGGGAACCCGUUCGCGGCAUCGAGGUUGUCACUUUGACCAGCUUCGAAAUCGGGAUCGUGGUUCUGGGCGAAAAACAUCUGUAUUGUUUAAAGGACAACUGCGCGGCGAUCAAGUACGCCAAGAGGCUCGAGUACAGACCGUUGUGCUUUCGAGCUUACGUGAUCGAACCGGACGGCAAGUUGAUGGUGCUGGUCAUCUCGGACACGAGUACUCUGAUGAUCUACGAGGGCAGCACGCUCAAGUGGUCGGCGCAAUUGCCUUUCGCCCCGGUCGCCGUCGCGAGGGUUCAGCUACGGCACCUGCAAGGAGUGACGGUCGUUUUGUCGGAGGACGGUCGUUUGGAAGCGUGUUACCUGGGAUCGGAGCCAAGCUUGUUCGUCGCGCCACCCCUUCAUCCGCGGGGUUACGAUUACGCGACCGCGGAGCAACGGCUAGCGGAGCUGCGAGCCCUCUCGAAGAGGAGCAAAGAAUCGGGUCACGAUCGAAGCAGCGACGCCAGCGUGGACGCUGAACUGAUCGUCUCGGUGAACGUCUCGCCGGAAUUGCAGCCGCGCUUCAAAAGAUCGACAGUUAGCAGCGAUUCGGAGGAGAAAGAGGAAGCGGAGAUCGGACAGCUAUCGAGCUGCAGGCUCUCGAUCGAACUGUCCUCGUACGCGACUCUCAGUGACAUCCAGGUCUGCGUGGACGUUUGUCGGCCGCUGUUCGCCUCCAAAGACUUCUACGUACUUUCCAAUCUCUGCGAACGUCACGCGACGGAGAUCGAGGUCUACGUGGACGGAGACUUGCCGGCGAUAUCCUCGGAGGUCGAUGUAACCGUCACUUACCGGACGGACGCGGGAAAUCUAAGGGCGCUUCGAAGAACCGUUCGGCUACCCUUGAAGAUCAUCCUGAAGAGUUGUCCGCCGGAAAACGCGUCCGCGUUCGCGACCGUGAUCAAAAGCAACGAACCUCCCGUCAGCUUUGCUCAGCUAUUUCCUGAAUUCACCGGGGAACAGCCGCAGAAACAAGGUUGGAACGCGUUGGGAUUGCGGUACGCGCACACCGGUCGCGUGGUGACGAUCGUUUCCGGCAACGCCAGCAAUCGAUACCGAGUGCAAUCGGACGACGGGCUAUCGACGACCUUGCUCGUUCAUCGACUGAUCGACAGGCUGAAAGAGAGAAGCAGCGGCACCGGGUUCCUCGCUAUCCAACAGAAUCACGUUCAGCUGGUGCACCUUCGGAUAGAGGCUCACUUUCUCGCUCGACGAGAAAUCGAUAGGAUAACGAAAGAGAUCGGCUUGCUGAGCACUCAGCUGAGGAACGUCGAAAGGAGGAUGCUGCGAACGGUGAGGGAGAGGAACGAUCGAUCGUUGGCCGACACUGGAUUGCCGUUUCUCUUCGAGCAAACAUGCCGUGCGAUCUUUGCUCUUCUCGAGGAUCUCGUCAAAGCGAGAGCGGAAAGGGAUCGAACCGGUCACGAGUUGCGGUGCAGCCUGAAACUGCUUCUCCUGCUGAUGAGAUCGAACGCGGACCCCGACAAAUACGCCGCGUUGGAGGCAGCUAUCGGUUUCGCGCCACGUCCCGCCGAGCAGCUGGACUGGGAGGAGAUCGCCGACGCGGCGCUGACCGUUCUGCUCAAGUCCGUUUCGAGGAAGGCGAGUAUAGCGGAGACGAGAACGGUGUCCAGCAACGCGAUCACGCCUAUCGCGACGAACAAAGAGCUGGCAAAGUUGAAGAAGCGUCUGGUCCACGCGAUCGAACGGCUGGAUCUUUCUAAAGGAAGCGACAUCGCGGAGAUCGAGUCGACGAGCGGUGCCGAUCACGCGUCCGCUUAACGAGCGCGGCCGGUACCUCGGUUCGCGGGGUGCCGUGUUUCUCUCGUGGAAGCUGAGCGAACGCGGAAAACGCGGCUAUCCGGAGCGGACGGCACAAGUUCGCUAGAGAGCGUUACGGGGAUGAUGCCGCCGGCUGGCACGGAUGAUUUAGAAUCGGACCACCUUGCUAAAUCGUCGAAACCCCCGGGGACCACCGAUGGAGUUGAUUCGAGCAGGUCGUCGCGGUGCGGCGUGGCGUGAGAGAGCGGUAAUCGGGGAUAACGAGGCGGUCCAACGAAACGGCAACCGACCGACUGGUAGGGGGAGGUGAACGCGGUCGAUAUCCAUGAGCGGUCCCGGCCCGGGUUGGGCCGUACCGUCGAACCCUGGGAACCGUCCACGAUGCCGUUCUCGACCUUCCGCCUACC